UAAAGCUGUUUAUGAUCGUGUUUAAGACUUAAUGAGAAGUAUCAUUUGUGACGGCGUCGGAAGAAUUGUGGAUCUUCAUGGACACGGAGCUGUCGUGGGACAAUGUUGUCAGUCCAGCCAUUUAUUGUAUUACUGUACUUCUUUCACUGAUCAGUUUUUUUUUUUUUUAAUUUUGACAUUGACGGUUAUCGGUCACUUCAGAAUGAACCUUAAAAUAGACAAUUGUCUUAUACGAAGACUACAUAUAUGCAGUGGGGUCCCCACAGGUAUGUGGCUCUCAGUAGUCGCCUUGUCUGUCCUUCCAGUUUUGGGGGCUUUGGUGUUCCAGCACCGGGGCCGGGUGGCCAGCAUCUGCCGAAGUGUUUUUCAGAGAUGGAGAUUCAGGAAUACUUCAGUUGGUUCCUUGGAGCAGCGCGUCCACGGCUUUGUCAUGACGAACUCGACGCACGGACAGCCAGACAGCGUUCUGCAGACUUUUGACGACUUCUCGCGGUUGGAACCCACAUGCAGCAUAGGCCGGGAGAGGGGUGAGCUCCUUGACCGCAUAGUCACGAAAGUCUCACCACAGCAAGUGCUGGAGUUUGGAACCUUCUGUGGUUACUCAGCGGUGCGAAUUCUCAGACUUCUGCCCACUACGGGGAAGCUGCUCACGGUGGAACGAGAUCCUCACACUGCCGACGUGGCCGAGGAGAUGAUCCUGGUGGCAGGCUUUAAACACUCACAGUUUCGGCUCCUCGUCUGCUCUGCUCAGGUGGCCAUUGCUCAGCUCCAGUCGUGCUAUGGGAUCUCAAGUGUGGACCUUCUUGUUAUGAAGCACAAUGUUGCUGAUUACCUGGCUGACUUGCAAACCCUGGAGAACAGUCGCGUCUUGAGCUACGGUUGUGUUCUCUUGGUCCUCAAAAGCCAUCUUCCUGGAGCAUUACAAUUUCUUCAGUAUGUCCAUCACAAUGCUUCUUUUAAGGUGGUGUCACAGGUGAUGGACGUGAUGGAGAUCCAUUACUUGCCUCCUAUGACAGGACCAGCUCUCUAAGGAAUCACCGGGCUUUGGUGUGAUCGUGGCCAGUGUUAAAUUCAUACCUAAAAAGUAUUGUCUGUCAAUUUAAAACAGAAGAGUGUCAAGGUGUGGGUUGUGUGUAGCUCAA